GGCGCGCUUGCGCACUGCUUCUCCAUGUGGGCUCCGGCAGUCAGCGGGCCCGGCUGAACAGUGGCGCCGAGAACCCCUCGGCAGCAGGACCCUGACACCAGCUCAGCAGCCUCCGCCGUCCUGCUGUUGCCCUCCUCUCUCGGCCUUUUCUCCCAGCGCACAUCGCCAUGGGCAAGAGCCGGACGAAGCGCUUCAAGCGGCCUCAGUUCUCUCCUACGGGCGACUGUCAGGCCGAGGCGGCGGCGAACGGGACUGAGGGAGAGGAGGACGACGGGCCGGCGGCGGAGCUGCUAGAAAAGCUCCAGCACCCGAGCGCCGAGGUCCGCGAGUGCGCCUGCGCGGGGUUGGCCCGGCUGGUGCAGCAGCGGCCUGCGUUGCCGGGCCUGGCGCGUCGGGACGCCGUGCGCCGCCUCGGGCCGCUGCUGCUGGACCCCAGCCUGGCGGUGAGAGAGACGGCGGCCGGCGCGCUGAGAAAUCUCAGUGCUUGUGGAGGUUUUGAAGUUUGUGAUGACAUGGUGACUAAGGAUAUCAUGACUCCUCUGGUCGCACUGCUGAAAGAGUGUAGUGCCGGACUGGAUUCAAAUGAGAUGUCUCCACAGGAAAAAAAAGAUCAGAGCAGAAAUUCUAUUGAGAACAUAGCCAAUGAGGCCAUGAAUGUGCUGUGGAAUAUAUGUGAAUGCAGUAGUAGAGCAGUAUCUAUAUUCAACAAAGAAGGGUGUUUGGAGAUUGUAUUAAAGUAUUUAAGUAGGUUUUCCACCAAUGUUGACCUGGCUAUUUCAGUAGCAUAUUGUUUGCAGACAGUGACUGAAGAUAACCCAGAGCUACUGAAUUCUUUCACUGCCCCAGCAUUGCAUGUACUGGAGUCAGCAAUGCUUUCUCCUGUCAGUUCCAUGGACUACAUUCUGUUAAAGACAUUGGUGGCAGGGACAGUUUGGAACCUAAAAGACAUUAUUCCAUCCAAGAGUCAGGCAGAAAUCAUAAAUGCCAUACUGAAGAUCUUAUCGGAAGUGUUGGACGUGGAUGCUGGUGAAAUAGUUAUUCAAAUGAAGGAGGCCGAAACUCAAAGGUUAAAAGCGGCAGCAGAGACAGAGGAGAUACGAGAGAAUGCCGGUGGUGACAAUCUGAUUGAAGACGAUGAAAUGGAAGAAAUUCCUCAUAAAAGAAAAGUCAGAAGGAAAACUUUCAUUUCAGAUUUACUUCCACCCACUGACAAGGAACUGAGAGAAGCCAUAGCAUUGUUGACAGCUCAGCAGACUGCUCUGGAAAUUAUCGUCAACAUGUGCUGCAGUGAAGAUCCCUCCGACGAUGAGUGGGAAGAGCUUUCUAGCAGCGAUGAGAGUGAUGCAUUUAUGGAGAAUUCCUUCAGCGAGUGUGGUGGCCAGUUGCUCUCUCCCCUCUGCCUCUCCCAUGAGGUUCACACUGCUUUCACCAACUACCUCAUCCCAAAGAAGAUUUUUGAGAAAACUGCCUUUCCAAACAGCAUUGCAGUUGACCUAUGUUCUAGAAGUCCCACUUGGAAAUCUUUGGUUAGAAAGAUGAACACUAUUCAGUGCAGAGCCCUCGUGUGUCUCCAGAGUCUCGUAUCCCUCCUGGAUGUGGACCAUCUGGGGGGAGCCGCAGCUCUUCAGACACUUGCACAACAUCUGUCACAGCUGCUUUUUUCGCAGCCAGAUUUUGCUAAGCAUGUUGACUUUCUAGAAGCCAUAAGUAGUGCCUUGAGGGCCCUUUUGCAAACAAUGGCCUCCAAGAACAUUUCUCAGUGCAUGACUCCCGAUCAGCUGAUGACAUUGUGCACAGCCGGCAUUCAUAGUAGUAAUACAGGGGUGAGAGUAAACGUUGUUAGUAUUUUAGGAAUCACUGGCAGCGUCCUUGCCAAAGAAGAUGGAACACUGGAAACUCUUAAGACCAUCGGGUGCUUUCUGCUUGAGGUUGCCACUAAAGAUCCCUCCCUCGUGGUGGCAGGGGAAGCCUUGGAUGCCCUCUUCGAUGUUUUUGCAGAUGGGAAAGAAGCUGAAAGGGCCUCAAUUCAAAUUAAACUGUUGUCUGCUCUGAAAGAAUUCCAGCCAGUCUUCAAAACGAAGGGUCUCACGAGCUUGUGGCAAAGAUGCUGGCCAUGGCUGCAGUCAACUGAAGUCUUGACCAGUGCUGGAAGAUUUCUUCCAAGGUGGCUCACUCACAUGGCUGUUGGCAGGAGGCCUCAUUCUUCACUAUUUUUAAAGACGGCUUUAGAAAGCACCAGGCAUCUGGAAGCCACGUGUCCUGUAGCUCUCACCACGCUCUUUCCUGCUAGAGAUGAAGAGUUUUGACUCUGCAGAAACUUGAUGUUUCAGUGAAUCUUUCAAGUUGAAACCAUCGACUCAACAUUUUCCCCCCUAAGAAUAAGAAUACUGAGAAUGAAUAGGACAUUAGAUUAUGGAGCAAAAUGUCUGGGUUUGUGAUAGCUGUGUUUUUUUGGCUCAUCAAUUUAAUGCAGAUGGUUUUAAAGACUGUAAUAAGUGUCUGUUCUUUUGUUCUAAAUAGCAAAAUGAAAAGGUUGAGUAAUCAAAAUUUAUUAUUGAAAUUAGUGUAGUCUAUCUCUUUGGAUGCAGUUGUAGAUUAUUUUGAGACAAAACACUGCAGAUUUGUUGGGGGAAAUGAAUACAUUUUUGUGUAUAUAAUAUUCCCUUCUGUUUUACUUUAAACUGGAUGAUCUUUGAGGAAACUUCCGCAAGAGAUACUUUAUAAUUCUAUACCAUGGUACACAUUCAACAUUCAUUACAAUUUUAUAGCAUGGCAUACAUUCAACACUCAAUUACAUUUCCUUGCCAUCUUGCACACAAAGUACAUACCUGCCUCAGGGCCUUUGCACUUGUUAUUCUUGUUGCCUGAUGGAUCAUUCCCUAGAUGGUCAUGGCCCACUGCCUCAUUUAAGUCCCUGCUCAAAUAUCACUUCCUCAGAGCAGCCUUCCCUGAUUAGCCUAUCUAAAAAUAGCACACUGUCACUAUCCCUUUUGCUGGCUUUCUUUUUCUUCAUAGCACUUAUCCACUGUCUGACUUUAUAUGCUUGCCUUCCCACUAGAAAGUAAAGUGCAUGAAAGCAGGAACCUCAUCAGUAUUGUUCAUUGCUGUAUCCCCAGCACUGGUACAUAAUUUGCUCAAGACAUAUUUGUUGAAAUUAAUUGAAUAAAUUGCAGUUUGACUUUAGAUAUUUACCUUUUUUCCCUCCAUAACCAGACAGUAAAUUCAUGGAAGGCAGCCAAAGACCCUGGUUGCUUUUUGAUCCUCUCUAAAGCAAUUAGCUCAGUUCUGCAUGGAUGAUAGACAUUCAACCAAGAUUUACUGAAUGAAUGCCCUGAAACAUGGAUGUGUUGUUAUGGGGCUAACCAGUCAGCAUUCCCUGCAGGUGAACAAACAGUAAUGUCUUGCCUCUCAGCCCACACUUCACAAGGUUCUUUUAUUUAUAUUAACUCAUUUGAUCAUUUUGCCAAAACUUUAGUAGUUCUUGAGGUUUGUCUAAAGAAAUGAGCUUUCAGAUAUAACAAAUAUUAAUUUCUGACAUGAAUACUUAGUUUGAAUACUUUCUUGCUUAGAUAUCAGUGGCAUUUAAUGUGUUCUUGGAUGCCUGAAAAAAUAUUUUUAAAGACUGAAUAAUGCUUAAAAUAAACAAAUAAA